GAGGCGAGGGUGGGCCGGUGCAGGCGCAGUGCCUCGGGUUGGGCGAAAGGGAUUUAAAGAAACAGAAGCUGUUGGGGUUCGAGCAGGCCGCGCCCGAGACCCUCCCCCAGCCCCCAAGUCCUUGGGACCGUUCGGGUCCCCCCCACCCGCAGCUGGGGAGAUGGUUUGCGGCGACUUUGCCUGUUCCAAGAACGCGCUGUGCGCGCUCAACGUGGUCUACAUGUUGGUAGGCUUCUUGCUUAUUGGAGUGGCUGCCUGGGGGACCGGCCUGGGCCUGGUGUCCAGCAUUCGGAUCAUCGGAGGAGUUAUUGCAGUGGGAGUCUUCCUUCUCCUCAUUGCCGUGGCCGGACUGGUGGGUGCUGUCAACCACCACCAAGUUCUGCUGUUCUUUUACAUGAUCAUCCUUGGUUUGGUCUUCAUUUCCCAGUUUGUAAUUUCUUGUUACUGCCUGGCUAUGAGCCGAAGCCAACAGACAGAUGUCAUCAGUGCUUCUUGGUGGGUCAUGAGCAAUAAAACCCGGCACGAAAUGGAAAGAAAUAUUGAUUGCUGCGGCUUGUUCAACCAUACAACCCUGAAUCAAGAUUAUACUUGUGCUGCAAUUUGCAUGAAGACGAAUACCUGCCUGUUGUGUGGAGAAAAGAUUCUUAAGCAUUCAGAUGAAGCUCUCAAAAUCCUGGGAGGUGUUGGUCUCUUCUUUAGCUUUACAGAGAUUCUUGGUGUUUGGUUAGCAAUGAGAUUCCGGAAUCAGAAAGACCCGCGAGCUAACCCUAGUGCCUUCCUAUGAGACUCUGGAUUCUUCUGGCAUAGUUCCUGCUCAACCUAAGCAUUUUCUUCUGCCCCUAAAGAAAACCUAGGGUGUAUUGAACCCUUUUUUGUUUGAGAAAAAGGAAAGGCCUUUCCCCACCUCUCCUAAUGGUGGCUGAGAUAAGACACCCCAGUCAAGUGUCUUAGCUAGGCUUUAUGCCUUGAAAUGUUUUAGUGGAAGCAAGAACAAAUUUUUUUCCUCUCUCCCCGGAUGGAUUUGAGGGUGAUCCUGGGAGUGCAUGAAAUGUUAUGGAGAUUGUUCUCAUUCCUGGCUUGGUUUCUCUUUUUUCCAUUCCACAUGCUGGGCCACCUCAACACGUCUUGGCCUGGCUCCAAAGGUAAAUCAGAUCCAGAGUCACGAAAGAAACCUACCAAGAAUUUUUUUCUUGUAACAAAGGUCCUGUUUGGGGGGGGGAUUCAGUAAUGUAAAAAUAAAAGCCAUUUUAACUCCA